AUGGCUAAAGCCCGGGCCACUCGCCGAAGCUUGGAUUCGUACACCGUCAAAGGCAUCAACAAAACUAUCCGACCGGGUGAUUGUGUGUUGAUGAGACCGUCCGAUUCUUCGAAGCCGUCAUACGUGGCAAGAGUAGAGCAGAUCGAGUCGGACAGUAGAGGCGUCAACGUGAGGGUUCACGUACGGUGGUACUAUCGGCCGGAGGAGUCGAUUGGCGGACGGCGACAGUUUCACGGCUCCAAAGAGGUCUUUCUCUCCGAUCACUAUGAUAUUCAGAGCGCUGAUACGAUAGAGGGGAAGUGUACGGUGCAUAGCUUCAAGAGCUAUACGAAACUGGAUGCUGUAGGCAAUGAUGAUUUCUUUUGCCGUUUUGAGUACAAUUCGUCUACCGGAGCGUUCAAUCCCGAUAGAGUAGCCGUGUACUGUAAAUGUGAGAUGCCUUACAAUCCUGAUGACCUAAUGAUUCAAUGUGAAGGCUGCUCUGAUUGGUUUCAUCCUACUUGUAUAGACAUGGGCCCAGAGGACGCUGCAAGACUUGAGCACUUCUUUUGCCAAAGCUGUUCUUCUGAAGAUCAAAAGAAAUUGCAGAAUUCUCAUGCUGCUUCCAGACACUCAGAUACGAAGCACCAACUGAAGAAGAAUAGAAAAGGAGUGAGUAGUGCAUAUGGUUUGUGGGUCAAGAAGACUAAUUCUAGAGACUGUUGGAUAUUGCUUCUUUUGAAUAAGUCAAGAGAUACCAGUUCUUAUUCCCAGAUUCCUCUUCAUCAAGGGGAGUUAAAUUUUGAUGUUUUGGAUCUCGAAAGAUUCCUCCACCUGCAUGUGUGCCCGCCUCAUUCCAAUUUGCUUCGUGGUUCCUCAUCCCCCCCUUCCCCCACAGACCGUAGCGCUCCAAUCUAG